GCGCCCGUCCUUCGAGCUGCGGCGAGGCCAUCGGCCGCCGCCUCCAACUGGAGCUAUUCCUGCGGAGCGCCUACCCGGGCGGACCCGGUCGCACUGCGCUCGGGUGCCGGGUCUCCCAGCCUCCGCCCCGGUGCGGGGGCGUCAGGCUCGCGCGUGCGCAACGCGGGACGCGAGGGGGCGCGGACCCUCUGCUGGCGCGCUCGCUGACCCAGCACUGCGCGACCCGGCAGCCGGGAGGCGGGCAGGGAUGAGCUCUCCGGCGCUGCAGCCCCACUAAGGAGGAUACCCAGGGACAGGAGGAGCACAAGCGGCCGGCGCUGCGCAGGGCCAUGGCGUUCCUGUCCGGGCCGCGCCUGCUGGACUGGGCCAGCUCACCUCCGCACCUGCAGUUCAAUAAGUUCGUGCUGACCGGCUACCGGCCGGCCAGCAGCGGCUCCGGCUGCCUGCGCAGCCUUUUCUACCUGCACAACGAGCUGGGCAACAUCUACACACACGGGCUGGCCUUGCUGGGUUUCCUGGUGCUGGUGCCAAUGACUAUGCCCUGGAGUCAGCUGGGAAAGGAUAGCUGGCUGGGGGGCACACACUGUGUGGCCUGCCUGGUUCCCCCUGCCGCCUCUGUGCUGUAUCACCUCUUCAUGUGCCACCAAGGGGGCAGUUCUGUGUACGCCCGGCUUCUUGCUCUUGAUAUGUGUGGAGUCUGCCUCGUCAACACCCUCGGGGCCCUGCCCAUCAUCCACUGCACCCUGGUCUGUAGGCCCUGGCUGCGCCCGGCUGCCCUGGUGGGCUACACCCUGYUGUCUGCUAUAGCCGGCUGGCGAGCCCUCACUGCCCCUUCCACCAGUGCCCGACUCCGAGCCUUUGGCUGGCAAGCUGGGGCUCGUCUGCUGGUGUUUGGGGCCCGUGCAGUAGGGCUGGGCUCAGGGGCUCCAGGUUCCCUGCGCUGCUAUCUGCGCAUGGAUGCGCUGGCACUGCUUGGAGGGCUGGUGAAUGUGGCCCGCCUACCAGAGCGCUGGGGGCCUGGCCGCUUCGACUACUGGGGCAACUCCCACCAGAUCAUGCAUCUGCUCAGCGUGGGCUCCAUCCUACAGCUGCACGCCGGUGUUGUGCCUGACCUGCUCUGGGCUGCCCACCACGCCUGUCCCCCAGACUGAGCUGCCUCCUGCGCCAGCUUGUCCACAGCCUCCUGGAACAAUAAUGCCACCUUCCCUCCUUCUGGUCUGCAAGGGGCUGGCUCCCUUGAUGCUUACAGCGCUUGAGACUUCCCAGUUGGGAGCCCUUGUCUGUUCAUUCUUCCCUGUGGACUAACCUYUUCUUUCCCCCAGGCCUUGGAACUCCAACUUCCCCUCCCUGCCUUUUUCCUCCUGGGUACUGUGUCAGCUGCAAGGAAACCUUUCCUUCUCUGGACCUGUUUACCCUCUGUUACCUGUGAGGGUUGGGCCAGGGAGACUCUAAGGUUAUAUCCUGUUCUGACAGCUGGAGUCCUGCAAACUUGCCACACCUGCCAACCCAGACCCAUCAUCCCCCGAUCCUGCCCUCACAGGUCUCUGGGCUAGCCCCUCUGGCCCCUGUUUCCUGACCUCCAUCUCUGCCUUGCAUGCCAGCCUCCCAGCAGCCAGAAGCCCUGCCACCUUUCUCCAUUUAAAGACUGGAGUAAGGGUCUGGGGCAGCAGGACCAGCCCCUUUUCCCAAGACCCAGUGGGCCCUGGUCUUCUUGCACCAGCUGGACAAGGGACAUGAGGACAGUGGCUGCUUUUCCCAGUUAACAGAGACAGACAUGAAGUGAGUGACUCUGGACCCAGGCCCCACUGGGCUAAGGGUCUGCCCCCACCUUCAGUGCCAUGAUCUGAUGGCUCCCUGCCUGCUGGGAACAUGCCCACUCAGGAAAUCUCUAUCCCACACAAUGUGUGGUGCCAGUCUGCUGAGCCAAGGCCUGGGGCCCUGGGAGCUACAGCAGGGCUCAGCCUCAUAGCAGGAUCCUCCCAGCAGCCCAAGACCCUGGGCAACAUCAAUAAAGGGACAGAAAAUGCUCUAUUGCCACUAGAGCAAGCUUGGGUACUCCCAAGAUUCAAAUACUUUUUAUUAGACACAGUAGAUCCCAAAGGGACCCAGCUUUCCAGGGGAAGGGUCAGGGAAGGAGUAAGAGGUUAAAAGUACAGAAGCUGGACCUACAACUCAGGCUGGGUCCAGUGAGUCCUCAAAUAGGCUGAGGAGGUUCCUAGGCUCAAAGGAGGGACAGGAACCCCGAGGAAGCUCUGAGUCCAUGUUACUUAGGUCCAGGGCAUCCCUGUAAGAAAAGAAGAAUGACACUCAGGAUCCCAAAACCAACCCUGCCCAGCCCCAACUCUGGGGCCUGCUUACCUUGGUGUGUACCUGCCCCGGGGGGUGGAAGUACUCCUGGCAGCCCGAGUCAGGAUGGCCUCUGGGGAGAGCGAAGGCCUAUAGGAAGGUAGGCAAAACAAGCAAGGAGGUGAGAAGUGUAGGAGAGCAACCCCACUCAGGUUCUAGCCCUGACGGAGGGAUAAGGGCCACAGUCAGGACCAUAAAGAUGUGGUACACUUGGACAACCUUCAAGCUCUCCCAUCUGACUGUGCCCAAAGGCCAUUUCUGUUCAUUUUCAGAAUAUAGGCUUUAGCUGAGCUGGAUCUCAGGUGAACUUUUGGUAAAUGAAGCUGUGCUGGCACUUCCCUUGGGCUACAAAGUGCCCUCAGAGUGAGGGUGACAUUAUUAUAAGGAAGGAUUCCUUCGAGAGCUGUGUAUUUGGGGCAUGUAGCUUUCUUGUGCAGGAGUUUCUUAAUUACAGCCUCUCACUUGGCCACCUGAGACUAAGGGCAUCCUCUCAGAGUGGGGACUUGCCAGGCUCUAAGAGAUUUUUCUUCAUCCAGGGAAAGAAAAUGCCCUGUUCCUGGGCACUUGCAGCCUCUACUGAGGUGGGGGUGGGUGGGUGUGCCCCUGCCUAUCCUGGCAGGUACACUGGCCUUCCUACCACUUACCAGUGUGAAGCUGUGUUGUGGAUGGCAGUCACCCCACUCACUGAGUUGAAUUCACAUAGACAAAGCUGUGACUCCCAUACUAUGGGCCCACUCCAGGUGUAGGAGCUCUCACUCACCCUAUGCUGUCAUCAUCCCAGCUGCUGGAGAGGCUGCUAUCCAGGAGGCUGCAGGGCGGCGAGCCAGGUGGGGUGGCUGGUGGACCUGGGGGCUGCAGCCAGCUGGCAGGGUGAGCUAGGCUGUGCCAAAGCCAGCACAGCAGGGUGAGCAGAGCCUAUGGGGAGAGGAAACCUCAAGAAGCCAGGCAGGUCCUGGGGUGGGCGUCAGGUAACAUGGCCUGGCACUGUGGCAGCUUACCUGCCAUAGAGCCCAGCCUCGACUUAGGGCUUCAGCAGCCAUGCACCACAGGAUGUUCCAGGGCCUUGGCUGCCUCAGCAUGGGCAGGGCCAGCAGGGCCUCAGCCGUGGCCCGCAGCUGGGGGUCAGGCUCCAGCAUCAUGACAAGGACAGAACGCAGCUCAGCAGACAGACCUGCCCAUUGGACAAAGCMAUGUCAAAGAUUCCAGGGCACUGACUGGGCCCUGAGCCCAGCAGUACCCCUACCACCAGCUAC